CGCAGCGCGGUCACUCAAUUUCCAAGUAAAUCCAGUUCUCCCUCGUCUCCGUCGCUGGCUCGUCCCGGCCCCGCCUGUGCGCCGCGGCCCAGGAAUCAUGCCGAGCAAGUGGCAGGUCUGGGGCCAGCCCGACGGCAGCAUCGUCUGGCUCCCCGUCUCCGACGCGCCCCCAAACCCGCCUCGGCCGGGUCCGCUUCGUCCCGCUCCUCGUCAUCCGCCGCUGCCCGACGAAGCGCCAAUCGAAGAAACCCUAUGCCCGGACACCGCCGGCGGAUGCCGUAUCUCUUCUAUGGCCGACCUACUCCUUCAAGCGCGGGAGCAGCUGAUUGAAGGCGAUGCGAUGGAUGGAUUGGCUCAGAGUGUCAAUACGGCUGGACUGUUCUCCACCGGGUCUGGGAGGCCACUGGCUGUCAGCCAGAGAGCCGUAAGGAGGGCCAGUGCGUUGGUUGGCGAGGAAGUGGACGAGGCUACUGAUAACAAUAACAAGAAGAGAAAGAAACCAUUUGGUUGUGAUGCUGGUCUGGAGGGUGAACUGGCAAACUUACAUGUUCCAUUUGGAGGUGGUGUGCAUAAAGAUAACUUCUUCCCAAUGUUCCAAAGUGGAUCUGGUAAGGCAGUCUUGCUCAACAAGGACUCAAUUCAGAAGGCAAGAGCUGUUCUAGAAGAAAAUGUUGAGAAUGCAGCUGGUGCCAAACAGCCAAUGUUCCAUACCAGUACGGGUAGAUCUGUCCUAGUCAGCAAGAGCUCAAUCGAUAAGGCGAGAGCUGUUUUAGGGGGUCGGAUGAUUGCACAUGAAGGAGAUGUAGGAGGUGUGGAUGGUAUGGAACAGUUUCCUGUGUCUCAAGCUGGUUCAGGUAGAGCUGUAUCAAUCAGAAAUGUGGAAGGUCCAGGUAGACCGGCCAAUCAGUCUCUGAUAUUUCAAACUAGUUCCGGAAGACCAGUUUUGAUCAGCAAAAGAUACGUCGAGAGAUCUAGGGCUCUGCUGAUGGAUGAAGAUGUUAAAAAUAUUCGACAAUGGGAUACUGGCUGCCAGCUCCCAAUUUUCCAAACAGGACUUGGAAGGCCUGUUGCUGUGAAACAUAGUUCAAUUAAAAAGGCAAGCACAAUUUUGGGGGAUGGAGAUGUUAAAAGAAGUGGUAAUGGACAUACCGGUGUUUGUACCACACCUUUCCAAUUUGAAACACCAAAAUCCGUUUUGAUGAGUAGCAGUUUGAUUAUUAAUGGCAUGACAGUUACACCAGAAGAAAAUACUUCAGUGCGAGCAGAAAAAUGUUUCAACGAUGAUGGCCAAUUGCCGUUAUUUCAGACUGGGUCAGGGAGGUCAGUCACAGCAAGUAAGGGUUCCUUUAAAAGGGCAAGUUCUGUUCUGGAGCCAAGAAAUAUUGCAAAGGAAUUGGAAGAUGAAUCUCAUCUCAAUGAUGGUUAUGCCACCUCAAUAUUUAAAACUGGACUUGGAAAGUCUAUCUUACCAACUGAGAACUCAAGAGAAAGGGCACAAUUUGUAUUAGAGGCUAAAGAGGCUGUAAAACAAGCAGUAAUUAGUGACAUUGGAGCUGGCUUUGGUGAAAAUCCAAUGUUCCAUUCUGGAAAACAACAGUUUUCACCUGAAAAUGAUACUUCAAGACCUAGGGCCAGUACCCCCAUGGAGCAAGGCAAAUUUGCAACAAAAGGAUAUGAAGACUGUGGAAGUCCAUUGCCAAUGUUUCAAACUGGAUCUGGAAAAUCUGUAUUGGUCUGUGAAAGCUCGAUGCAAAAGGCAAGAGCCGUUCUUGAGGAAGAAGAGCACUACAAGUUGGUUAAGAUGGACAAAAAAAUUGCAGCCUCAGCUUCACCGCUCAAGACAAGCCAUGCAAGAACAGUAAACAUAUCUUCAACUGGUGUUUCUAGAGCUGCUACCUUAUUGGGCUUGGAGGAGAAUACCCUUUCAACACAAUUUUUUGGACAUGUGAGUGAUAAGUUAGGUACGGAGAUAACUGUUAAGCGGGGAAAUCCAGAACACAUGCUUGAUGUUGCAUCUGCACAUGCAAUUUCUAGUGGCACUCAUAAGGGUUUUAUUUAUCCAACAGAAAACCCCACACAUAUGGAUAAACAUCAGCAGUUUGGAUUUUCUAAAAGUUCUACCUCUUACGUUGGUGAGCAUUCUAUCAGGUUCAGCACUGCAGGUGGCCGAUCAAUGGCUAUCUCUGUCGAUGCACUACAACGUGCGAAAAGCCUUUUGGGUGAUUCAGAUUUAGUGGUUUCUCCAAAUGGUUCAAUUGGUCGCUCUUUGGCAUCAGCUAUAGAGAAUCUACCAAAACCAACUAUUUCUCCGAAAGGAGAUGUAUCUAACCUAUCAUAUGGAACUAGAGCAAUAGGAUAUGCUGUACCUGACACCCCUGUGACUAAAACAAGUGCUAAUCAGUUUCAUAUGGGAAGGGAAUAUCGUCCAGUCAAUGAAAUUCCAAAGGUCCCCAAGCCUCCCUCCAGAUGUUUAUCUGAAGGCGACAAUGCGAGUAACUCUAAAGACAAGACCCAGUGGCACCAUAUGCCAGCUGGACCAUUGGUUGACAUCACUAAUUACAUGGCUACAUGUUCUGGAAAUACGGACUGCUUAGCAAAUGGAAAGAGAAUUAUUGGGGGGAGAAACUCCGUAUCUCCAUUCAAACGGCCCCGUUCUUCCAGGUUCAUCACUCCAAUAAAAAACAACAAACUAUCUUCUGCUGGAGAAUCCAUAGUGCCACCAAUGCAGAUCAGUCCCUGUAGGACAAUGCUAUCUGUACGUUAUCCUUUCCAACAUCAAAGGAAAAAUUAUAAAGAAUAUUUUGGUGGUCCUCCUUGCUUCAAAUAUUUGACUGAACAUGUGACUGAUGAUGUGAAGCUCAUGGAUGCAAGAAGAGCUGAGAAGUUUAGAUUUCAGCAUAUGGAUACUGGUGCAGAAGAGUUUCAGAAAAUGCUGCUCACAUGUGGUGCUUCAUUGUCAUGUGCAACAAAAGAAUGGGUCAGUAACCACUAUAAAUGGAUUGUGUGGAAGCUUGCUUCACUUGAGAGGUGCUACCCAACUAGAGUUGCUGGUAAAUUCUUGACGGUUGACAAUGUUCUUGAGGAGCUUAAGUACCGGUAUGACAGAGAAGUGAAUCAUGGUCAUCGAUCAGCAAUAAAGAAAAUUUUAGAAGGGAAUUCUUCACCAUCUUUAAUGAUGGUCUUGUGCAUUUCAGCUAUUUACUCUUGUCCUUACCAAAAUAACAAUAAGUUGGAGGUUAACAAGGUAGAUACUAAUGAAGACAACAGUGGCAACCAAAGCUUCUCUGCCACUAAUAGAAACAUGUCUGCAAAUAUUGAAUUAACUGAUGGAUGGUAUUCACUUGAUGCAUCAUUGGAUGUGGCACUUCUGGAACAACUAGAGAAAAGAAAGCUUUUCGUAGGGCAGAAGCUUCGGAUAUGGGGAGCUUCUUUAUGUGGUUGGUCUGGGCCUGUGUCAUUUCAUGAGGUGUCUGGUGUUGUCAAAUUAGUUGUCCACAUAAAUGGCACCUAUCGUGCAAGAUGGAAUGAUGCCUUAGGAUUCUGCAAACAUGUUGGACUCCCACUGGCAUUCAGGUGCAUAAAAGUUUCUGGUGGUAGAGUUCCUAGGACACUGGUUGGAAUCACAAGGAUAUAUCCUAUUCUCUACCGGGAAAGGUUGCCUGAUGGUCGUUUUGUUGUGAGAUCUGAAAGGAUGGAAAGAAAGGCGCUGGAACUAUACCACCAGAGAGUAUCUAAGAUCACAGAAGAUAUUCUGUUUGAACAACAAGAAAACUGUGACAGUACUGAUGAUAACGAGGAAGGGGCUACAAUUUGUAAAAUGCUAGAGCAUGCCGCUGAGCCUGAGUUUAUACUUGCGGGCAUGACUCCAGAGCAGUUGAAGUGUUUCUCAUCUUAUAUAGAAAAGCAAAAGAUUGUUAAGCAAAAUGAAGUAUCUGAGAAGGUUGAGAAGGCCCUUGUUGUUGCUGGCCUUAGUUCAAGGGAUGUUACACCAUUUUUGAAAGUGAGAGUGAUUGGCCUUGUCAAUAAACAUUCAGCUUCCACAUCCAGUAACAAGGAAGGGCUAAUAACAAUUUGGAAUCCGACUGAGAUGCAGAAAGAUAAUCUUGUGGAGGGACAAGCUUAUUCUGUUAUGGGAUUGGUACCUUCGAACUAUUGCACCGAAAUCAUGUACUUGCAUGCUAGAGGAUCAUCUACAACAUGGAAGCCCUUAGCAUCAGCUCAGACUACAGAUUUUAAACCAUUCUUUACCCCUCGUAGAGCAAUUGAACUCUUGAAAUUUGGUGAGGUGCCGAUUUCAAGUGAAUUUGAUAUUGCAGGUCUUAUUUUAUAUGUUGGCAAUACUUAUUUAUGUAACAACAAGAAAAAGCAGUGGCUUUUUUUAACAGAUGGAUCUAAAUUUGUCUCUGGGCAAGGGUGUGAAGAGCAAGAUUGUCUUCUAGCUGUUAGCUUUUCGUCCGCAACCACUGAUGAAGACUCUACAUUAUUUAGUUACACUCUCUCUGGAAAUACAGUUGGUUUUAGUAAUCUGGUCAAACGACAGAAAGACGAGACGAGGCAAGUAUGGGUAGCUGAGGCAACAGAGAGCUCAAGCUACACUCUUUCCAACGAGAUUCCUAGAAAAUCUCACCUAAAAGAAGCUGCAGUUUUGGCUGAGAGAUGGGCUUCUAGAUCUUAUCAUAAAAUUCAAGAGCUAAAAGAAAGGGUUUUAUGUAUAGUUGGCAACGCUGGUGUCUGAAUUAUAAUAAACGGUACCACCUGCUGUUUUUGGAAAUGGUGCAAGAUUUUGCUUGGGGGUUGUCUUAGCUACACCAUUAUUUCUCACUGAUGUUGGUUGGUUCUGGUUGGAGCCUUUUUAACGCAAUAUGAAUGGCCCUUGCAAAAAACUUCAAGAGCAGCAAGAUCCUUGCACAAACUUCAAAAAUCAACUUGAAGAUGUACACAUUUGAAGACACGAGGCUUCAGGGCUGUUUUCUAAGUCUGUGUAUAAAGCCUUUUUCAGAGGGUCGAUUAACUUUGAGCCGUGGAAAAGGUUAUGGAGAUCUUGGGCGCCGCCUAAAUGCAAAACUUUUCUCUGGCUAGCCAUUAGGAACAAAUGUUGAACUGCAGACAGAUAGGAGAAGAGGGCUUUCUCACCUAGAGGCCUGCCCCCUCUGCGAUCAAGAGCAGGAAACAGCUCAACACAUCCUAACGAGUUGUGUUUUUGCAAGGCUUUUUUGGCACAACAUUAUGGCUCCCUUCGGUAUGGGUACCUCACCCCGAGUCAGAAUGAACUUAUCCUUUGCAGAUUUGUGGCGAAAAGUGAGCAACAAUGUGCAUAAAGAGAAGAGAACAGGAAUAAACAAUGCUAUUAUCUUGGAGGCCUGGUGCAUUUGGCGGCAAAGAAAUCGUACGGUUUUUGAAGGAGAUUUGCCAGCUGUUAGCAAGGUGCAGCAAAGUUUUCUAGAAGAGCUAACAUGUUUGGUCUUGACUGGGGCUCAUCACCUUAGCAUUUUAGGGAUAAUUGAUACUCUUAGAGCGGUCGGAUUGGGCUCUCUUGAUCAUAUGUAAUUUUUGUUUCAGUUUCGAUGUGGUGUGGGUGAUGAUCUUGCUCAGCAAGAUCCUCAUCUUGUAGGAUUUUCUUUUCUCUCUAAUAUAAAAUAUGGGACGCGUUCGAGAAAAAAAAACUUCAAGAGCUAAAAGAAAGGCUUCUAUGUAUAGUUGGCGACCCUGGUGUCUGAAUUAUAAUAAAUGGUGCUGCCCGCCAUUUUUUUUGGAGAUGAUGCAAGAUUUUGCA